AUGAAGCUUGUAACCUUUUGUCUCGCCCUCUUUCUCUGCAAUGUAAACGGUCAGUUCGGAAUGUUGAACAGGAAUGACGGUGCGAAAGUCGAAGACAAUCUUCAGGAAGCGUCAAUAGGCGUUGAUGGAACCGUCGAUGCAAAGUAUGAAAGCCUUGCCAGGGAGUUGCAAUCUGCUGCUCCAAUAAGUGCAGAAGAUGCUCUUCAUAUCGCUAUUCUUUUGGAGGAAGCGAAAAUAGAUGCCGAAACUGCUGUAUUGUUGUCGCAAAUGCCGAAGGAAGCCGUGCAGGAAUUGAAAGCAAGCUCGACGCCAAUCGAGAUUGUCAAUGGGCUGAAAGCAAACUUGCACGAAUUGAAAGCCGUCGAGAUUCUGUUUUCAAACCCUGAGAGAGCUGUGAUCGAGAUGGAGAAAGAAGGCCUGAUCGAAAAAAAGCGAGUUGAUUUUUAUAAGAAAAAUCCAAGUGUACUGAAAGAUGACACGAAUAAGGCGAUUUAUUUCGCUUUCGUGAGUCUGGCAGCUGCUGGUGGAUAUCUGUAG